CACUGUAUCCCGAUACGGCCGGAGACUCGGCCCCACACCGAUUCAGGAGUCCAUCCAUCGCCGCGGUUAAUGGCGACAGGGCUGAAAUUGUCUUAUUGUAAUUCUGCCCGAAGCUGAUCGCAUUAUGUCGCUUCAACUCCCUUCAACUCAUUGAAGUCAGUCUGGCCACGAUGUUGUCACCGGCUUUUGCGCACCGAAAGUAUGUCUACACUGCGUCGAUAGCCGCCGUGAUCGUCAUCUUUUUGACUGUCAACUACGCAUAUAGCGGCAGGAUAAGACCAAGUAGGCUGCCUGAACAAGACGCAUUGCCUACGGCUCCCGCCACUCUGCAACAGGAGCCUUUUCCACACAAGAUAUGGCAAAGUUGGAAAGAUGACUCAGAGAAUCCGACUGAUCGAACAGUUGGCUUUCCACAUCAAUGGCGUGCAGUCAAUCCAGAUUGGCGGUACGAGCGCAUUACUGACGCCAACAAUGACGCCUAUGUUCGCGAUAGAUUUGAUGCCAACAUUUCAGACGUCUUCACAAGCCUGCAGGACCCAAUUCUAAAGGCCGAUUUCUUGAGAUAUCUGAUACUGCUGCGCGAGGGUGGUGUAUGGGCUGAUAUCGACGUAUUUCCCCAUCAGCCAGUAUCAAGAUGGAUCCCGAAACAGUUUCAGGGCUCAGUAAAUCUGGUCGUUGGAAUAGAGAAUGACCACCACAAACAGCCCAUCUGGCCUGGCUCCUCAUACUCUGUGCAGUUAUGCCAAUAUUCGGUGUUGGCCAAGCCAAACCAUCCUGGCAUCAAGACGCUUGUGAACCAAGUGGCAGAGGAUCUCAAGAAACUUCUUGAGUCCAAACAGCCCGGGGAGGCAGUUUCUUUCGAAGAUGUCAUGUCCACUACUGGACCCUUUGCUUUCACAAAAGUUCUCAUGGACUACUUCAAGGAGUCCACAGGUGUGGAACAUACCGGAGAUGAACUAGAUAGACUUGAAGAGCCUCGAUUGAUUGGUGAUGUCCUUGUCCUGCCAAAGGAUAGCUUUGGAUGGCUGCCUCAAGAACACACUCAUGAUAAAGGAGAUCCAAUUAUCCUUGUCGAGCAUUUGUUUAUCGGAUCAUGGCGAGAUGGUCAUCCUGGAUGAUGCCAAGAGGCGAUAUAUAUGGCGUUUGUGUAUUAUGGGAGGCGUUCCUGAAUUUAUGGUAAUUCGAAAAUGCCCAAGGGCAGCCGACGAGAGAGAUUUAUAUAUGCAAGAGAACACAUCGAGGCCUACGACAAAAGAAGAGUGCCAAUUUGAGGUACCACUAACGAUUGAUAGAUCAUAUUCUCGUGAUACUGAACGAUAUGGGGUACGUGCAUUCUGGAUGGUGGCCCACGGAUGGAUAGGAUCUAGUCUCAACGCGGAUGGAUUCUUUUCCCGCCAAAACAGCGUCAUGGAAAGAAAAUGCGAUAAUUGAGGUCUGACGGAGACAUCAUAUCAAGGUCAAGAAGAAAUACCUGACAAUUGCCAAAUGUCAUUAUUCAUAUUUGACUGGCUCCCGACUCUGACACCAACGCUACGCGCAGUCACAUGAUCAUUUCUAGAUCCCUCCAUCUUGUAGGUAGUCAAGAAAGUUUGAUUUCCAAUCUGCAAC